AUGGCCUCCCCUGCCUGUCCCCUGGGUCCCAUGGACAGCCUGGAGCUCCUGGACCUCCUGUUUGACCGGCAGGAUGGCGUCCUGAGGCAUGUCGAGCUGGGCGAGAGCUGGGAACAGACUGAGGACCAGAUCCAGCCGUGCCCUGAUCCUGAUGACUUCCUUUCGUCCAUCUUGGGCUCCAGAGACUCAGUGUCCAGCUCUCCACUUUGGUCCCCUGCAGCCAGUGACAGUGGUAUCUCAGAUGACCUACCUUCUGACCCCCAAGACACCCCUCCACGCAAUGGGCCUGCCGCUGCUUCCACAGGAGGCCACCUCCCUGGACCUGGCAAGGGGCUGUGCCCCUCCUAUGGUCCUGGUCUCCACUGCCCUGCCAGGCCCCCAGGACCAGUGACCCCACUGCUCGAGUCCUCUGUGGCCAUAGACGUGGACAUGUGGGGCACGGGAGGAUGCCUGUACACGGAGGAGCAGGUCGAGCUGUCCAACUCGCCCACACGCUAUGACCUCACAGUGAAAGAACUUCUCCUGUCGGGGAACAGCGGAGACCUGCAACAGCAUCACCUGGCAGCCCCUCACCUGAUGCGACCUGCACCUGGGCACUCCCAGGAGCUGGUGUUGACAGAGGACGAGAAGAAACUGCUAGCCAAAGAAGGCAUCACUCUGCCCACCCAGCUGCCCCUCACCAAGUAUGAGGAGCGAGUGCUGAAAAAAAUCCGCCGGAAAAUUCGGAACAAACAGUCAGCUCAAGAAAGCAGGAAGAAGAAGAAGGAAUAUAUCGAUUGCCUGGAGACUCGGAUGUCUGCGUGCACCGCCCAGAACCAGGAGCUGCAGAGGAAGGUCUUGCAUCUUGAGAAGCAGAACCUGUCAUUGCUGGAGCAGCUGAAGAAACUUCAAGCCCUCGUGGUCCAGUCCAGCAGCAAGUCUGUCCAGGCGGGGACCUGCAUAGCGGUCCUGCUGCUGUCCUUUGCCCUCAUCGUCCUCCCCUCCAUCAGCCCCUUCACCCCCAACAAAGCCAAGAGCCCCGGGGACUUCACACCCGUGAGAGUCUUCUCCAGAACACUGCACAACGACGCCGCAUCCCGCGUGGCCCUCGACACCGCGCCCGGCUCCGAGCAUCCAGGACCCCUGCCCAAGGCUGGUGCACCCCAAGAACAACCUCCAGGCAGCCCCAGGACCAAGGAAGGCUCCAAGCUCAAGCCAGCGCUGGACAAUUCAACACUGGUGCCGGGGAACUCGACGCUGGGGAACUUGACAGUGGCAUUGGACAACGGGACGUCAGCGCUGGACCCCAAGAGCCUGGUGCCAGGGGACUCGGCGGGGGCUCUGGACGACGCGACAGUGACGCUGGACAACUUGACAUCGGCGCUGGACGAGACCCUGUUUCUGGGGAACUGGAAGGAGGUGCUGGGACUCACAGCCCUAUUGGCCUGGGCUGUGCCUGAAGCAGGGUCCAGCACAGCACAUGUGGGGCUGGAGACUGCAGGGGACGAGCUGUGA